GUCACAUGGUAACCACGGUAACACUUUGGCCUAAAAUUGAGUGUGAUGGUCACGUGAUAUCACAAGAUGGCGACUUCGUUAUAGAUGGAUACGGUGAUGUGGUCUUUCUAAACUGCGGUGGAAAUUGUCAUCUAUUGCGCAUCAGUUAAAGCACCAAGAAUGGCUCUAAAUGUCUUUGACCAUGAUGAAUACAGACCACCAGUGUGGAAAUCUUACCUGUAUCAGCUCCAGCAGGAGGCACCACAUCCACGGCGAUUGACCUGCACCUGUGAGGUGGAUAACCGGCCCAAAUACUAUGGGAGAGAGUACCAUGGGAUGGUCUCCAGAGAGGAGGCUGACCAGCUGCUGAGUGUGGCAGAGGGCAGUUACCUCAUCAGGGAGAGCCAGAGGCAGCCUGGGACCUACACACUGGCCCUACGCUUUGGAAAUCAAACCAAGAACUUCCGCCUCUACCAUGAUGGGAAACACUUUGUCGGGGAGAAGCGCUUUGAGUCCAUCCACGACCUUGUGACAGAUGGGCUGAUCACACUCUACAUCGAGACCAAGGCAGCAGAGUACAUCGCUAAGAUGACCAUUAACCCAAUCUAUGAGCACAUUGGCUACACAACACUCAACAAGGAGCCCACGCUGAAGAAACACUUGCCCGUGUGCAAGGAGGUUCCCGAUGGGCCUGCUCCACAGGGCGAGCGGGUUGACGAGGAGAAAGGGCUCACCUCGCUGGUACGUCGAGCCACCCUGAAGGACAAUGUCCACACGACCAAGUAUGAGAAAGUCCACAAUUUCAAGGUGCACACCUUCCGGGGACCCCACUGGUGUGAAUAUUGUGCCAACUUCAUGUGGGGCCUCAUCGCUCAGGGAGUGAAAUGUGCAGAUUGCGGUUUGAAUGUCCACAAGCAGUGUUCCAAAAUGGUGCCAAAUGACUGCAAGCCUGACCUCAAGCAUGUCAAAAAAGUAUACAGUUGUGACCUUACGACACUGGUAAAAGCCCACAAUUCCAAGCGACCCAUGGUGGUGGACAUGUGCAUACAAGAGAUUGAGUCUCGAGGUGUUCAGUCUGAGGGCCUGUACAGAAUCUCAGGCUUCAGUGAUCUGAUUGAAGAUGUGAAGCUGGCUUUCGACAGAGAUGGUGAAAAGGCGGACAUUUCUGUGAAUGUGUAUGAAGACAUCAACAUAAUCACUGGCGCACUGAAACUGUAUUUCAGGGAUUUACCCAUUCCUCUUAUCACGUACGACGCCUACCCAAGGUUUAUGGAGGCAGCAAAGAUAACGGAUCCAGACAAGCGGUUGGAGGCCCAUCAUGAAGGUCUGAAGCUGCUGCCACCUGCACACUGUGAAACACUGUGUUAUCUCAUGGCCCACUUAAAGAGGGUAACCCAAAAUGAUAAAGACAACCUGAUGAAUGCAGAAAACCUUGGCAUUGUUUUUGGGCCCACCCUCAUGCGUGCCCCAGACUUGGAUGCGAUGACGGCACUCAAUGACAUCCGCUACCAGAGACAGGUGGUGGAGACGCUCAUAAAGAACGAAGACAUUCUGUUCUGAAAAGGGAUGACAAACAAUGAAGGAAACUUAAAUCAUGAAUAAGUGAUUUACUCAUAAUUUAGAAUGGAGGAAGUGACAAUUGUGUUUUUGAAUAUUUUCCCUUUGUUAAACCAAGACUUUAAUAAUAAUGGAGUAUUUAAGCCAUUGUACAUUCUCUCCCACUCCCAGUGAACCCUGUCUGAAGAGAUGUCUGUUGGGUUUGGAUCACGUACCUUAGACUUGUCUUUUGCAUGUUCACCCCCCCCAUUUCUGUCGGGGUAACUGAUGGAACACACAUUCCUUCUGGAAAGCUAGUAUGUGUUUUGUUUUCAGAUAUUGGGUCACACCAAAGAGAUAGAGGACUCAUCUUUAUCUCUGACAUUAUAGUGUCUGUGACAGCAUGGGCAGUGCCAUUGAAGCUACAAGCCAUAGGAAUCCCCACCCUGUUGGCUACUUUUACUACUUUAAAAUGGUGUAAGCCCUCAAUGUCCAUGCCAAAACGGGUUAUGUCCAUGAUGAGUCCUAUCUAUUUUCACAGGUCACACUCACUCACUAACUGCUCUCUCUGAUCUUGUACUGUAGAUGUGGCUCAUUGUUUCAUGAUGGGUUUAUUCUUCUUGUGAAUCACUCAUGUACCUGGGUAUAACAUCGGUUAAAAACCUUUUUAAUUUUGUUUAAUGUUUGUAUGUUCUUAUACAUUCAAACACCUUUUUGAGGUGACUUAUUUUUUAAGAGAUGCAGUGGGAUAUUUAUCAUUUCAGCCAGUAGAUAAUGGGCGCCUUAAAUGUACAAUGUCAUAUUAGCGGUGUGUCCCGUGUACAUCUCCACGGCAUUUACAUUAUAAUGACAUGCCACACAAUUGACACUCACUGCCCCUACUGUCAAAGAGCAGCCAAUGUGCCUCCCACUUUUACCUUGCAGCAUCAUUGUAUGUGAUGGUGCCUUUCAACCUUCCUAUCAACAUUGUCUCUGUUUUGGUUGUUUGAAGUUUAUUUAACUAGGCAAGACAGUUAAGAACAAACUCUUAUUUUCAAUGAAGGCCUAGGAACAGUGGGUUAACUGCCUUGUUCAGGGGCAGGAUGACAGAUUUUUACCUUGUCAGCUCGUCAGACUUGAAACCUUUUGGUUACUAGUCCAACGCUCUAACCACUAGGCUACCUGCCGCCCCAGUGUCUGUGUCCCUUUAUUCCCCGGGUCAGACUAUGGCAAAAUAACUUAAACUGUAUAUUUCCUGAAGAAAAUGUGUGUUUUCUUUAGCUGUCUAAAAGUAGUAGUAGCGACCGUAGUAGUGGUAGUUUUGAUUGAUUGUAUUAAUAUCAAUAGCAUUAGUGACUGGUAAAAGUAGUGUUUUCAUUUUAACAUUCUGAAAGUUUCAACAGUGGGAAGUUUAUGUUGAGUUAAAUCUGCCUAUCAAAGUUUGGUUAUAUGCGCAUCCUUAAAAACAUAGGCGUUGGGCUAAUAAAGAAUACUAGUAUAGAACAAGAAGGCCUGCACACUGUUAAAGCUCCCAAUUCACAGCUUCAUUGACAACGUUUCGAUCUGAAACGGAUCUUCGUCAGGUCAAACAAACUGAGUGUUCUCAUCCCAAAAUCUACAGUCGUGGCCAAAAGUUUUGAGAAUGAGACACAUUCAUUUCCACAAAGUUUGCUGCUUCAGUGUCUUUCGAUAUUUUUGUCAGAUGUUACUAUGGAAUACUGA